AUGGGCAUCAUAUGCCCUUCGAUAGUCCUUGUUGCGGGCAUCGUCCUCGCUCUAUUAUGGGCCAUUUUUGGCCAAACAAGACUGAUGAGAAAUGGCAUCCCACUACGACGUCCUCCUGGCACUCUACCGCUGGCUGGAAACGGCAUCAAUUUCUUAAGGGACCGGCAAAAGCUGUUUGACUGGUUCACCAAGUGCGAGCAGCUCUACGGCCACGAAACACUGCAGAUCUCCGUCCCGAGCCUACCACCUGGCGUCAUUAUCAGUGACCCAAGGAACCUGGAAUACGUCUUCAAAAACGAGGGAAUAUUUGCCAAGGGCGAGUUCUUUAAGCGGCGGUCCAGAGACUUGUUCGGAAACGGCAUUAUCAAUGUUGACGGCGACCUAUGGAAAAUCCAACGCAAAGCGGGGCUUAGCUUCCUCAACACAUCCAACUUGAGAGUCCUGACAGAUGUGGCUCUACCGCAGUACCUAUCGCAGAGUGUGGCCUUCUUGAAGAGCAAGACUGACAAGGGUGUCAUUGACUUACAGGCCGUCUUUCACGAACUCACGACACAGCUCAUGGGAAAGAUGGCGUACAACAUGGAGAUGCAUGCCGAAGAUGAGUUUGGUCUCGCUUUCGAUGAUGCGUCCGGUGCCACUGCCGAACGAUUCCAGAACCCGCUGUGGUUCGUCACCGAAUUGCUCACCGGUGUUCGGCUGCGGAGCUCUAUCUCGACCGUCAAGGCAUUUGGACGAACCAUCGUCUCCAGUGCGAUGGCAGACAGGAAGAGCCGUCCCCAAACCGAGAAGCAGGUUCCCGAUGAUGCCAGCAAGGACAGACUAGAUCAUAUCUCGGGCAGUUUGAUCCAGUCGUUCUUGGACUCCAUAGGGGACGAGCAGCUGGUCGCCGAUGCCGCGUUGAACUACCUUUCUGCCGGCAAAGACACAACAGCGCAGGCCCUCACGUGGACAUUCUACUUGCUGAUGAAACAUCCCGAGGUCGUGGCCAAGAUCCGUGAGGAGGUCGACCAUGUUACAGAGGGCAGCGAGAUAACCCUCGACAGGGCCAUCGCAGAACGGGGCAAUCCAAACUCGAUGCCAUAUGUCUCCGCCGUCUUUUGCGAAGCCCUGCGUAUCUUCCCGCCCAUCCCUUUUGAGAUCAAGCAGGCUGUGCAGGCGACCACUCUACCAGAUGGCACAUUUUUGCCCCAGAACUCCGUUGUUGUGUGGUGCACCUGGGCAAUGAACCGAUCGUGUGCCACAUGGGGUCCUGACGCGGACGAGUUCCGCCCUGAGCGUUGGCUGGUCGGUGGCAAGGUGACGAAUAAGAGCGCCUCCGAGUUCCCUGUCUUCAACGGGGGGCCGAGGACGUGUCUGGGCAAGAAGAUGGCAGAGAUCAUUGCCGUGCAGGUGAUCGCCACGGUGGCUGGCCUGUUCGACUGUGUGAGGGUUGACAGUUCGACGAGGGUCAGCAAGAGCAGUCUUACACUUCCUAUGAAGGAUGGACUCCCUUGCUUUGUGCGCCACAGGGCCGCUGUGCCCAAAUAA